CCUCAAGCGACGCCCGGUACGACUCCUCCUCGCCUGCUUCGCUCUCUUCCUCCCUCCCAACUCGCCACCCCGCGGUCUCCGCAAUCCGACAGAGUUCAAAGUUCAAACUCGUACUAGUACUUCAACAACCAAACCCCUAAACCCUAGCCCUCGGUCCCCAUUCCCACCCAACCAAGUUCCUCCGCUCCCCCUCCGACCCGAUGGUCAUCCUGAGCCGGAAGGCGACCGCGCCCGCCGCCGGCGACGACGGCCUCCCGCAGGGCGCCGCGCUCUCCCUCGCGCUCGCCGCGCCGCCGCGGGUCACCACCGUCAAGCUGCGCCCGACCGCCUGCCCCGUCGACCCGGACCCCGCCUGCAGGCACAAGUCCCCCGGCGUCCUCGCCGCCGACCCCUCCGGCCUCCUCCUCAUCCUCACCCCGCCGCCCCUCUCCGAGCGGGACGACGGGGAGCUGCGCACCAGCCGUGACGCCAGAGGCGUCGAGCGCACCAUCCGCAUCGGCCGUGUCCCCAGGCCGCGCUACGUCGUCUGCGACCUGUCCUCCGCCACCGCCACCGCCUCGCCCGUCCCCGACCCCCACGAUCUCAUCUUCAACAACGACCUCGGCGUCAUCGCCGCGCCAGGAGGCGGCGGCCGCUUCAUGGUGGUCGAGUUCCAGACCAUCGUCGGCGGCCGCGAAGCCACCCUCCUCUGCUUCUCCUCCGACAGCGGCAAGUGGGCCAGGAAGAAGGUCGCCAACCCCCUGCCGCGUUGGAUGUGGACCUUCUCCGACAUCGUCUCCCACGGCGGCAAGCUCUGGUGGGUGGAUUGCGUGGCGGGCCUUCUCGCGUGCGAUCCCUUCGCCGAUGAGCCGGCCGUGGAGUAUGUCCAGCUCCCGGCUGGGGACGUUCAGCACGGCCAUGGUUGCGGCUACUGCGCCGAGAGAGAGCUCGGCUCCCGCCGCGUCGUGCAGCUCAGCGACGGCGUCUUCCGGUGCGUCCAGAUGAGCUGUGCAAGCCACGGCGCUCCCAAGGUUUCCAUGCGCACGCUGGCUGAUCCGAGCACCGCAGAGUGGACGUUUGAGUACGAGGCGAGCUUUUCUGAGAUCUGGGCCGCUGACUCGUACAAGGCGGCGGGGCUGCCGAAGAAGGCCCCCGUACUCGCUCUCGUCCACCCCAACAAUCCAGACGUGGUAUACUUCUUCCUGGAACAGCGCCUCUUCGGCGUCGACAUGCGCGCGAGGGAGGUCGUGGAGUGCGAGCCCUUGGACCCGGCCAAGUCGCAGAAGAUAGGCAGCUACUCUUCCGGGCUCGUUUUCCCAUUUGACCUUCCUCCCGUGUUCUCUGCAGUUGCUUGGUGGUUGGCUUAUGCGCGAGUGAAUCUCCAUGUCACAGGUUCAUCAGGGUUGAGUGCUGGAGAUGGCGUGACUGAAGCUUUGGUUGAAGGUUUAUCAGGGUUGAGUACUGGAGAUGCCGUGACUGAAGCAGCGUCAACCUCAACGGCUUCUGCUCCAUCCGGAUGCAACAUAGUUUAGCAGGGUGGGCGUUCCUCUUGCAUUGUAAGAAGCUCCGAGCCAAGUGAAGUUUGUUGCGUGUCAUGACUGGUUAUCAUGUAAUGGGCUCCGUUUGCCUGUGAACAACUGGAUAUGUUUUGCUACUUGUGUCCAUGGUAAUUUCCUUUUCGACCUGGACCAACAUGUACUGAUACUAUGGCUCAUGGUACUGUAUGGCCCAUUUCACGAGCUGCCCUGACAAUGUGGAAGGUUCUAUAAGUUUGUUAUUGUUA